GACAGCUGUGUGUAGCACUGCUUUCUUGUUAGCUUGCUGUGACUUUAAGACCUGCUCUCUCAGGAGCACAACCUGGGCGAGUAUCAUCCAAAAAGUGUGGCUGUGGACUUGAGCGGACUCUUUGUGGUGGGAUAGGAGUGGUCUUUUCCUAUGGUGAUACCCUACAGCAUCAAAACCCUUCUCCUACAAUGCUGCUGACAUUGCAGACACAUUGGGCUCGACAGGAACCUUCCGGCUUUCUCCCCUCGACCUGCUACAACAGGAAGAUGGUCACAGGUGGCAGCAGCACCCCACAAUGCCAGCUGCCGCCCUGCAGCCAGGUUGCCUCUCUGGGCCGCUCUCUUCCUACUGAGACAAUCAUGUCGAGCCAGCACAGCCAUGCUCCCUUCUCCAGCAUCCAGCCCAUGGCUGAGCAUCAGCAGAUCAUGCCAGACCUGGCCAUUCUGCAGAGAAGGAUCCCGCUCACUUUUCGGGACUCUGCCACAGCCCCGCUACGCAAGCUGUCUGUGGACCUUAUCAAAACAUACAAACAUAUCAACGAGGUCUACUAUGCCAAGAAGAAGCGUCGAGCCCUGCAGGUGGCACCCGAGGACACCAGCACGAAAAAGGAGCGGAAAGUGCACAACGAGGGCUACGAUGAUGACAACUAUGAUUACAUAGUCCGGAACGGAGAGCGCUGGCUGGAACGCUAUGAAAUAGACUCACUCAUUGGCAAGGGAUCCUUUGGACAGGUGGUGAAGGCCUAUGACCAACAGGCUCAGGAGUGGGUGGCUAUUAAGAUAAUCAAGAACAAGAAGGCAUUUCUGAGCCAGGCACAGAUUGAAUUGCGGUUGCUGGAGCUCAUGAACCAGCAUGACACUGAAAUGAAAUACUAUAUUGUGCACUUGAAGCGGCAUUUCAUGUUCCGGAGCCAUCUGUGCCUGGUGUUUGAGUUGCUGUCCUACAACCUCUACGAUCUGCUCCGUAACACCAACUUCCGUGGCGUCUCUCUCAACCUCACCCGCAAGUUUGCCCAGCAGCUGUGCACCGCGCUGCUCUUCCUGGCGACACCUGAGCUCAGCAUCAUCCACUGUGACCUUAAGCCUGAGAACAUCCUGUUGUGCAACCCCAAGCGUAGCGCCAUCAAGAUUGUGGACUUCGGCAGCUCGUGCCAGCUGGGCCAGCGAAUCUACCAGUACAUCCAGAGCCGAUUUUACCGCUCACCUGAAGUGCUACUAGGCAUGCCUUAUGACCUGGCAAUUGACAUGUGGUCCUUAGGCUGCAUCCUCGUGGAGAUGCACACCGGGGAGCCCCUCUUCAGUGGCGCCAAUGAGGCAGACCAGAUGAGCCGGAUUGUGGAGGUGUUGGGGCUGCCACCCCCUCACAUGUUGGAGCAGGCUCCCAAGGCUCGGAAAUACUUUGAAAAGUUGCCUGAGGGGGGCUGGGUCCUCCGGCGGGGCAAAGAUGGCAGGAAGGACUACAAGGUUCCAGGGACGCGGCGUCUGCACGAAGUGUUGGGGGUGGAGAGCGGGGGCCCAGGCGGGCGCCGUGCAGGAGAGCAGGGCCAUUCACCUUCUGACUACCUGAAGUUCAAGGACUUGGUGCUGCGCAUGCUAGACUAUGAACCCCGUAGCCGCAUCACCCCUUUCUAUGCGCUGCAGCACAACUUCUUCAAGAAAACUGCUGAUGAGGGCACCAACACGAGUGCCAGCACCUCACCCAGCCUGGGCACGGAGCACAGCCACUCCACCAGCACCACCAGUUCUGUGUCUAGUUCUGGUGGUUCCAGUGGUUCUUCCAAUGACAACCGUGGUUACCGUUACAGCAAUCGUUACUACGGCAGCAUGGGCACAGUGCAUGCGGACUGCGAGAUGCAGAGUCCCCAAGCGCCCCCUCAGCAGCAGAUGCGUCUCUGGGCCGGCGGCGACAACGAGAGUAUUCCUCACAUCUUACCUCACAAGCCCACCCCCAGCCAGGCCAUGCCAUGUUUCCCCCCGAGCGGGCACCCUCCGUACCAGCGCCCUCCGCUGCCGCUGUCUCCCCCGCUCCCUGAGGCCAUGGAGGUGUCCCUGGGCCCUCGCCAUCUGGACUGCAACCCCACCGGGCUGGGCUCCUCAUCCUUGCACUUGGGUGCUUCGGCCUUCCGGACUAGGACUGCUGGCGGCUCGCGCCCCGAGGGACUUGGCCUCAACUACCCUCUCCGCGGGCGUGGGCACCGAGACACUGACGAGACUGCACUGAUGGGUGUCUGCGUGCCCCAGGGCACAGCUGCCAGCUCCUGAUGAUGGACUGGCCCGGCAGGCUAGGAGCCAGUGCCCGGCGCGAGCACUCCCUUGUUGCACCAGAGCCUGGACGGGCCAGGACUGACUGUAGGGCAGGGAACCGGUGCCCACAGAGCACUUCUCCAUACGCGAGAAUCCGAGUGGGCCAGGACUUGUGGUGGGGUGGGUCAGGUUGCCUGGCUGUGGCCAGUCUAGAGGCCAGGUCCUGUGGCUACCCAGGACCCUGCUGCAAGUGGUAAGCGUUGUUG